UCUUCAUGGUCCUAGUGCAUCCAUGCCCAUUGUCCCAACUUGGUUCUUGCUCCUAUUCUCCAUGGAUAAAACAAUAGGGUAGUUUCUUAAUCUUAUGGAUAUACAAGUCAGUGAUACGAAUGGCGGGAACGCCGAGGUGGCGCGCACGGAAUCUAACCUGCAAGCAAUUGUGGAAUCUAAGUUAAUGGCAGAGCAAACUCUUAACUCAGAUAAAUUACAAAGUGCAAAGAAAAUGGACGAGGAUGAGGUAAAUGGUGAGGAUAAGAGUGUUGGGAAGAAGUUGGAGUCAGCGGGGAAAAGAAGAAUGCGUCAAUCAAAGUCAAAUUCGACUAGUAGUGUGGAAGCUGACGCCAAGCCUAAGGCUAAGGGAGUUAAGAGAAAACUCUUGGAGCCGGAUGGUAUUAAUGAAGAUGAAUCUGCAGAGUUUGUUGGUUUUUCAUCGGAGAGUAUCAUUAUUAUUGAGACUGGAUUGCAAAUUCUUCAGAAACUUAUUGUGGAAGCAGAAUUGGAAGAAUCCAAUGCUAUAAAACGUCGGCGGGCAUCUUCGAAAGGAAUUCAGAAGAACCUUCUGUCAAAAAUAACUGCUGAAAGCCUCGAAAAAGAAACUACUGACGAUAAUAAGAGUAUAUCAAUAACUUCCGAAGAAAAGCCAAAAAUAAAAGACGAUAAAGAGCCCAAGAAAAUCGACACCAUUACAACAGAUCCGCCAAAUUUUUGCAACAACCCCGAAUCUAAGGGAGCAUCUAGUAACAGUCAGAACGUUGAUAUGUCGAAUCCCCUGUAUAAAGAGCCCUUCAAAUUUGGUUGGAAGCGUGAAAUGAUUUACAAGGGUGGAUUUGAAAGUACUGCAAAGAAAUCGGCAGACAUUUAUUAUUACUCUCCCAAGGGAAAGAAAGUUAAGAGUCUUCGAGAAGUUGCAGAGUGUUUGACAACAAAGGAACUUUCUUUAGACAACUUUACGUUUUAUAAAGAGCCAAUUGGUAUUGACGACCCUUCUAUGGAAGUGAUUAGGGACGCGAAGAGGCUUAGAUCAGAAUCGGCAGGUGGUCAAGUCACACCUACAAAAAAAAGCUUGAAUAAACGUUCAUCGCUCACUAGGAAAGUGCUGACACCACCUCCAUGUCCACCUAAAACUGUCAAGAUCUCGCCUUCCAAGGGCACGACUCCUGCAGGAUUCAAGGUCAAAGUUGCGAGCAAGCGAGGGGCUCAAAAGAAGGAAGUGAAACCAUCAAAAGAAACUGAACAACGGCCACCCCAGUGGAGUUCUCACAAUGUGACAAGAAAAAAUCAGGCAGCUGCUGAAAAAGUUACAUCCCCAAAAAAUAAAAGGAUAUUGAGCAGAGCCAAACUCCAGGAGCCCUGCAGCAUUCGAUGUUCGAUGAGCAUGGGUCUCAUUCCAAGUCUCCAGUGUCGCAUUUGUCUAUGUUUAUAUCAUCCAGAGUGUGUUGGUGGAAAAACUAUAUCAGCUAACGAGGAAUACGUCUGCAAGAAUUGUCAAAUGGAGUUAGAACCAAGUGAACGUCAUCAGCAACAACCGUUGAUAACGCCACCAGCGUUGAUACCAAUAAGCAUGUUAGGCUCUCACACCAUAAAAUCGAAGCUCCCAAAGCCCCACCAAUCGUCAAAACCAGAGACUGAAGAACCCCUAAAAGACAAAAUCCCCAUGUCAAACUUAUCAGAAGUUCCUUCAGUCAUUGACAACGUAGAUACUUCACUAAGUUCCUGGUUUUCUCCCCCAGGGAAAAAAUUUCUUCAUAAUCAUGGUGGAUGCAAACUUCAACCUGCCCAAAAUAUUGCAAAAAUGGGGGGGAAACGUUACAUUGUUGUUCCCAAGAACAAUGAUAUGGCUGUGCAACCAGCAAUUCCCAUCAGACCUGACCGAACGGUCGAAAAUCAAAGAGAUUUUAUUCGAGAAAAUUCAUUGAUUAAUAUAAAUUUGAGUACAGAGAACUCGAUUAGCAGUCGAAGAUCCUCUCAGUCAGGUGUGAAGUAUACUCCAGACAAAGAGAACGAAAUAACUAAGAAAGUGGCUGAAGCAAUGGACGUCGAAAGUCCUUUGAAUGAUUCAAUCAGCAAAGAUAUGGGGAUUUGUUGUAACAAAGUGAAAAGCAGCGGGGUUGAACCUGCUGUGCAGACAAUGGAAGUACACAUGGAUGUGGAGGCUGUUGAACUAGAUAAAAAUUUGGAAAUUGAAUGGUUGGAUGGUUCACGUCUGCCACCGGCUGAGUCAUUAAAUGGGUCACAUUCGUCACAGAUUGAGCCUAUGAUUGCGCUGACAAAUAAAAAUGAGGUGGAGAGUGAAAUGGCUGAGGAAAGAGGGGAAAAAGUGGAAUGUAAUAACAAAGUUCAAAAAGCAAUGGAGACUCCACUUCUGCCUCCUGAGAAUCAGAAAAACGAAGAGGUUGAGAAUUUUAACACAAAAUGUGAUAGCAGCACUAAAAAGAAAAUUCCUCCAAUGGAGGUAGACCCAAAGCAAUACUUUAUGGUAUCAGUGUGUGCAGGAUAUCACGCAUUAUCCCGCAUCUUUCAGUACCUGAAGGUUCAGGAGCUCCUUCGUGCGGCUCGAGUCUGUAGAAUGUGGAGAGAUUUGGCAGCUCAUCCAGCACUCUGGAAAACAGUGAGGAUGAAGAACAGUCAGGUAGCAGAUUGGGAUGGGUUGGCAGCAUCUCUAAAGCGCCAUGGAACACAGCACUUGGACUUGAGAAAGAUGUUAGUAGCCGGAGAGGCGGAUAAUAUUUGGGACAAAUUUGUUUCCAUCCUCCCUAAUGUUCCAAGUUUAACGAUCUUGGAAUUAUGCAGAUGUCCAGCGUCUGUUGUCGAGGAGAUAUUCAAAUGCUGUCCCCAGUUGGAGGUAAUGAGUGCAAUGGCGAUCAAAUGCGAUGCACUCAAUAUCGAGUCUCUAGGGAAUGUCAAACAUCUGAAGGAAUUGAAACUCAAGGCAAUCAGUGGAAUGUCACUUCAGGAGGAUUUCUCGCCACUGGGCGAACUCAAACACUUGACGCAACUGAAUCUAACGUCAGUCAAAGAACUUGGAAAGAAAAAAAUUGAAGUCCUCGGAACUUUGACUAGCCUGGAGACUCUGGAACUUGGAGAAUGUUCCGAUUUCCCCGAUCGAUUUGGGACUGAUGUACUUUUGAAGCUGACUAACUUGGAGAGAUUGAGAUUGGAGAAAGGGCAGGGCUCUUGUUGCACUUUCGAUAUUCUGGAGGGGGUCUCCAAGCUGGGAAACCUUCGUCAGCUCGAGCUGGUGAAUUUUGAUGUGAAAAAUGGAUUCGAUAAGUGUCUAGCUAAUUGCAAGAAUAUCAAAAGACUGCUGAUUAUUCCUACGUAUAUUUCACAAUCGGCUACUUCGAAUAAUAUGGUCCUGGGGGGAGUCACUAAGUUGAGCGAUAAUCUAACGCACUUCGUGUGGGGAGUUACGCUGGAGUUGUUGAGAGUUACUGAGCUGUUUGUCGAUCAGUGUAAUCAAAUGAAUAAGCAGGUCUCUGGCGACUCCAUUCCGGUGCUGAAGCCGGUUCCUUGUUUGAAGUUGAUUGAGGAUAUUGAGGUGAAACAGGAUGCACCAAAAGAGGAGAGACAAUCAACCUUAACAAAUCCACAAGUGGACAUUCUUCCCCUCCCUCAACUUCAAAAACUAUUACUUACUGCAUUGCCCAAAACCAGAGUGAAAAUAUUGAAGAUCCCGUUCCACGCAACCUGGAGGCAGAGUAUAUCUGACAACACAUCGCCGUAAUCAUACCCUCUGUCCAAGUGUUUGACAAGUGAGUUGUAAACAACAUUCAAAACGAAAAACAAACAGACAAUUAAUCUAUAAGUACUCAGACGUUAUCAAUCCAUUGUGAAAAAAAUCUAUUUCGUGGUAAAUGUAAAUAAUCCACCAAAUAAGAAUGUGUUAAACAGACACAGCACACAACUAAUCGACGAAUAUUUCACAAUAGAAUAAGGAAGCUGUACGAAAAAAACAAAACAGUUUAAUAGUACGGUGCCACAAAAUAAGGUCAAGUUUUUGACUAAAAUACUACAUUAUGUCAUCAGGCGAUAAAAAUAUUAUCUGACGAAUGUGACUUCAUAAUCCGAGCUGAAAGCGAGCAUUAUAAUCACAUAAGCCAGAUAAUACUUUUAUCGCGGUGUCACCACACAGAGUUUUUCACACUGAAUUCAACGUUUUUUGUAGAAUUUCUCUAGCAUGUCCCACCGAGAAAAAAAUGCUUUUGCCGAGGAAUCAUUUUCUUGCGAGAAGAAUUUAUUUUUUUGGAAACGUAUUUCCUGAGGCCAGUCAUUCUCAGAUAGUCUAUGUAAAUUUCCAAAUAUUACAAUCAUGUUGAAUUAUGAGAUGAUUAUGCCACAUAUGACCUUGAAUGAAUA